CGUAUUUCGAAAGUUCGGUCGGGGCGCUCUAGCCUUUCCAAGUCAACACGCUCCUUCCGCUGAGGAGAGGAAACGGUGUAAAACAACCGGAAGUGGAGCCUGUGGCGCGCGUGCUGGACCGUUUUGCAGCUGUUGAUGACCUAGGAAGAAGCAGAUGCAUCAGGAAAUUAUGCACAGAGCUGAUACAUCAUCAGCCUCAAAUGGCUUUCAUUUCCCGGAGUUGGUGAAGAAGAAGAAGAAAAAGAAGAGGAAGGAGGGCCUUAAUGGACAGGGGGAUGAGCAACCUGUGAAGGCUGCCCUUUACUCGCCUCCAUCUUCUGGAUAUUCCUCAAUUUUUCCUUGGCUCGUUGAGGAUACAGAAGCUACUGGGGUCUGUAGAAAAAAAACAAAGAACAUAAAAGCUGGGGAAAAGAUUCCAGACUCUGAGUCAGAUGCUACUUGGAUCCCAACAGACAGUGAGCUGGGUAGCAAGGCUGGAACAGAUACUCAUGUAUGUAAUAAGAAAAAGAGGAAGUAUCAACCUACUGAACAAGAGGGUGGCAGAGACUUUUGCAUUCCUGAGACUCCAGAAAAGGGCAGCAGCCUGCAUCCUGUGGUACCCUUAAUGCAGCGCGUAGAUCUUUCCCUGCAGAAGAAAAAGCAGAUGGCUCAGUUGGACAAAACUGCAGAAUUUUGUAGUCCCAUUGCACGGAAGAAGAAAAAGCAUAAAAAAGCUGAAACUCCAGAAGAGGCCAGCAGCCAGCUUGAUGCCAGUGAUUUGGAAAAUUCAGGUUAUGUCUCUAAAUCCACACCUGUUCAGAAGAAGAAAGCAAAGGUGCUCUUGUUACCUGAGCAGGCCGAGGCAAACAUAGCUUCUGACAGGCUCACAGAUAUUAGGGCUAACCCUCCGAGUUUGCACAAGCACAAUAGAACAGACUGCAGUGACACAGAGGACACACAGAGGGACCUCUUUGCACCUUCACCUCCUGCAGUACUCUUAACACAGCACUCAGACCUUUCCCAGGAGGAGAGAAUAGAGGCAGCUGAGUCGGACAAAACUGAGAAGUUUUGUAGUCCCAUUGCACGGAAGAAGAAAAAGCGUAAAAAAGCUGAAACUCCAGAAGAGGCCAGCAGCCAGCUUGAUGCCAGUGAUUUGGAAAAUUCAGGUUAUGUCUCUAAAUCCACACCUGUUCAGAAGAAGAAAGCAAAGGUGCUCUUGUUACCUGAGCAGGCCGAGGCAAACAUAGCUUCUGACAGGCUCACAGAUAUUAGGGCUAACCCUCCGAGUUUGCACAAGCACAAUAGAACAGACUGCAGUGACACAGAGGACACACAGAGGGACCUCUUUGCACCUUCACCUCCUGCAGUACUCUUAACACAGCACUCAGACCUUUCCCAGGAGGAGAGAAUAGAGGCAGCUGAGUCGGACAAAACUGAGAAGUUUUGUAGUCCCAUUGCACGGAAGAAGAAAAAGCGUAAAAAAGCUGAAACUCCAGAAGAGGCCAGCAGCCAGCUUGAUGCAGGUUUACACAAGCACAAUACAACCAACUGCAGUGAUACAGAGGAUGUGAAGGAGGACUUCUUUACAGCUUUGCCUCCUCCUGUACCCUUAACACAGCCCUCAGACCUUUGCCAAGAGGAGAACAAUGAGGUGAAUAAGUUGGACAGAACUGUGAAAUGCAGCAGCCCUGCCACACGUAAGAAAUCACAUAAGCGUAAAAAUACUCCCAGCACGAAUGAUGAUUAUGAUGGGCCACAGAAAUCUACAACUCCUGUCCAUUUGGACGCCAAGGAAUCAUCUUCCAGCAAGUUUUCCCUUGUGGACAAUGAGUUUGUAGAAUUUUCCCAGCUUGCAAUGAAAGAUCUGGACUCUGUCACCAAAGAGCUAGAAGAGUACAUUCCUCACGUCAGGACCCUGAGUGAAUCAGCAAUCAAACAGCUGGCUGGUCGGGACCUGGUCAGGUUUAGAAAUUUUAAGAAAAAAGGCAUUGCAGUGCGGUUUGGUAAAUUUACCAAGAAGGAAAAUGAUCAGCUGCGGCAAAAUGUUGAGGCCUUCUUGAAAGAGACUGGGAUAGAGUCUGCAGAAAAACUCCUCUUUGCGCACAGGUUCCCCCAAGAAAGAGAAUCCAUCAGCAAGCUGAAAACUACAAACUUGUUUGGUGCAAAGAUUGCUCAGGGAAUUCCAAGGCCUUGGAGGCUAGUAUAUUACCGAGCAAGAAAAAUAUACGAUCCCAAGAAUUAUAAUGGAAGGUAUUCUAAGAGGGAGAAGAAGAAGCUCAAGAAGUAUCAAGCCAUGUAUGGCAACAACUGGAAAAAGAUCUCGGACCUGAUGUCUCGCAGCAGCCAUUCAGUUGAAACAAAAUUUUCUGAGAUCAAGUGUGCAUAUAACUCCGGUCCUUGGGGUUCUGAAGAGACAAGGAAGCUAGUUCAAGCCAUCAAGGAGACACUCCUGUCCAAAAAGAGAGACUCUGCUUCAGAGAAAGAAGAUGAGGAUGGAGCACUCACGCUCACGUAUGAGAAUCUCUGCAAGGGCAUCUCGUGGUCCCAAGUGGAAACCAAAGUGGGCACCAGGCACUGGAGGCAGUGUAAACAGAAGUGGAUUAAUAUUGUAACCAAGAAGAUUAUGGGUAAGCAGAAGAAGAGGAGCAGACUUGAACAUCUGCAGAUAAAUACUGCCCUCAUUGAAAGGUUGUAUGAAGUGGAAGCUGAUGACGUGGAAGAAGUUGAUUGGGAAGAGAUAGCCAGUGCUAUAGGGAACGUCUCUCCAUAUUAUAUUCGGAGCAGAUUCUACAGAAUCAAGGCUUACCGUGUCCCUCACUGGAAUAGCAUAAGCUUCGGUGAAAUCAUCAGUCAUCUGUAUGAAGUGACACUUCCAGUGUUAAAGAAACAACAAGCGGAACUAAUGGCAAGACAGAAUGUAACUGAGGAGCCCCAGCAAGCUGAAGACCACAGUUGGAAGAGAGAGUUCAAGUUCAGUGAGAUCUUUCACGACAGUGACUGUAUCUCUGGUGAUGACUCGGACGACGAUCAGGAGAAUUAGGACCUGGAGCUUCCAAUGCCAAGAGCCAGCAGAACUGUAAUUCCACUGGAAAAAAAUAUUU